AACAAGCAGAUGUGGUUGCCUAAUUCAACUGUAGGGAUACAUGUGUAGAAAUGUUCAUUAUUCCAGUAUUGUAUGUUUGCCCUUGAGUAAAUAAGUAUGCCGGAAGAAUAUGUGGGAAACAGGAAAAAUCUGAUCAUGGUUUACAAGGAAAAGAUGUGUAAAUAUUUGUUGCAAUAUUCAUUCAGAAAUUGCAAACCCCCGCAAAGCCGCCUGAAUUUGGCGGAUAAGGAAUGAAAUCUUUAAAUGGGAAUGGGCUGGAGAAAGGAAGUGUACCGAAAGAAAAAUAAACUACUAACAUUGAAACUUGGCGUUGGUAGACAGCUCUGCUCAGUGCCCGCCCUCGUUCAACUCCACAGCUCGGCUACCAGCGACACAGAGCAUCUGGAUUGGUCACAUUGAAUGUCGAUCAACAACUCCUCAGCCGUGUGGACAUGACAGUUCCUUGCAAAUUUGAAACUUUUUUCUCUCUCUCUCUGCUGGAGUCAAGUUUCAAACUCGGCUAACAAGGGGGUUCAGUUUCUGAGUACCCGCCGGUUCUCGGCUGUUUAUUUGGCGAAUGAUUCACCCUCCGAAACCUGGAGCCUGCUACGAAUUUACAGCCUUUCAAACCUGAUCCGUGGAAACGAAAAAGGGCUUCAUUUUUGUCUCUCAUCCACCGCCCCCCACCUCUGUUUGCAAAAAAAAAAGUUGUGAGGAGUUCGCAGGGAGCCGGAUCAAAGUUCGCGGUUUAAGGAAAACAGAGACGAUGGAUGUCUUCAAUACCAAAAGCCUGGCCAUGCAGGCACAGAAGAAACUUCUGGGCAAGAUGGCGUCCAAAAGCAUGGUCAACAUCUUCAUCGACGACACGAGCAGUGAGGUCCUGGAUGAACUUUACUAUGUGACCAAGGAAUACACGCGAAACAAAAAGGAAGCCCAGAAGGUCAUCAAAAACCUCAUAAAGGUGGUGGUUAAACUCGGAGUUCUCUACAGGAACAACCAGUUCAAUGCAGACGAGCUGGUGUUGGUGGACAAGUUCCGCAAGAAGGUCCAUCAGUUGGCUAUGACAGCCGUCAGCUUCCACCAAAUUGACUUCACGUUCGACAGGCGUGUUCUUGCGAACAUCCUGAAUGAAUGCAGGGAGUUGCUGCACCAGGCCAUCAAACGGCACCUAACAUCCAAGUCCCACGGGCGCAUUGACCACAUCUUUAACCAUUUUGCGGACUGUGAAUUCCUGGCGACACUGUACGGCCCCACAGAGCCCUAUCGCGCACAUGUGCAGAAGCUUUGUGAAGGGGUCAACAAAAUGCUAGAAGAUGGCAACAUUUGACUGGGACAUUUGCGAGAAUGACUGACUGUGUGGGUGCACUGUGAGGUGGGGGGAUUUGUUUGAAAACAAAAAUGCGCGGCAAAAAACGUUUGUUUUGAUGAGAUUCCUUUUUUCAUACUGAUGGCAAAGUACCCUAACCACAAUAUGAUGCUGAAGUAUCUUUCUACAGGGAUCCAUUUAAUAAUUAGGGCAUUGAACUGUAGUCUACCCAAUUCCUAAGCCUGAUCGCACAUUAUUAUACACUCAGGCUCUGCAAGAAAUACAGAGGCCUUCCUUAAAUGGGUGCUUUUAAAGCCAAGCCCUUUGUCCAAGCAGUUGGAAAUAAGUGUGGCCUUGUGAGGGAAGUAGCUUUUACAUUGCACAUCAUUUCCAGUCCAACUGAUGAAUGGAUGAUUUACAGCAGCUGUGUUGACCCAAAUAGUUUUGUUUCAAAUACAAUCAAAUCCAUCAAUCACUAUUCUUAGACAAACCGGCUGUUGUUGGUCACAAAAUGGGUAAGUGAGAUCAGAUGUGUCUUGCUUGUCCUGGGGGGGUAGAGUGCAAGAAGGUUGGUGAGUGGACAUUCAGUCGGGUUUCCAGAUUGGCUAUCCAAUAAACCUGGCUCAAAACUCUCUGAAGGUGAGAUUCAAUUUGACUGUCCUGUUCCUGCAACCAAACAGCCUAGCCACUUUCCUUACCUGGGCUCAGGUGCAUGAUUGAGAUACACAGUGGGGUGUGAUUCCCUUCAGUGAGUGUCAGUGCCUUUGAGGGAGGAAGGGAUAAAAAUCAGGAUGGACAUGGCCAAGGAAGAGUGCAAGCCAAGUCGGUCAAGCACUUCCAGCCACUGUGAGCCACCAGAACGGUCGUACAAUUACAAACCUCAGCCUCAGGCAAAUAAAAACACCAACUCUGAGUAAGACUGUGGUUUUAGCCUGAAGCCAUUAAUUUAAUACAAUGUUAAGUGGGCUUACUGUUGCUGUUCCAGACUUGUACAGUUGACCUUCUACCACCAGUGUCAGGCGAUUACUGUAUAUACCGUGUAUAUUUGAAAUGGAACGAUGCCAGCUAUGAUGCAUGUGGGCUUUUCUUUAGGCUUUGAGACACAAGCUUCUGGAUCUGUUUGUGAAUGAUUGCCUAUCAGCUUUCUGUACUUGGACCCAUUUUGAAUCGUUGAAGUCUUUUUUUUGGCGGGGGGAAGGACACUGUAUUGGUUUUCAAACCUGUUCUAAUGUGAAAUGACUUAAAUGCUGUGGUUCUAAUCUAUAUUUCUAUCGCUUCUCUGCUUUACUUAUUUGUAUUAAGUUCACAGACAAAAAAAUGGUCAAAUUUCCUUCAACUCUCCUCUCUUAGUCAGCUACUAACUCUCACUUCCCUAACAGUACUGUUGCUAAAUCUACGUUCAUGUUUACUGAGCCACAUGGUGUUUGUAGAGUUAAUCGAACACUUAACUAGCAUCAGAAGUAUUUCAACUGCUUUGAGAAAGGGAUAAAUAUCAACCAGUACCACCAGCAGUGGCCCAUCUGAGAAAGUGAGUGUAGAUAUUAACCAGGUCAAGUUUGAGCUGAGCACUGAUGGCCACAGGAUUUGAUUAUUGUGGCAACGCUUGCUAUCUAGGCACAUUACAAAAAGAGACCAUUUCAGCAUCAGGGUUGUACUAAGCCACAUCAGUUUUAUUUUGUUUCAAAAAUAUAUCUUAUUCAUUAAAUUAGUAGAUGUGUUUUACAGU